AUGUUCAUGUACAUCAGAGCCUCUUGUUUUUUUCUAUUGCAGAUUAUAUGGCUGGGAAUAAACAUAUAUUUAUUUAUUAACACAUUUUUAUGGUUUGAAAAAUCAGAUUCCUAUCACUAUACUCGAGUUAUCCUUGGUUCAUCAUUGGCAUGGGCAAGAGCAUCUGCAAUGUGUCUGAACUUCAACAGCAUGUUAAUCCUGUUACCAGUCUGUAGAAAUUUUAUUUCAUUCCUCAGGGGAUCAAGCACCUGUUGCAGAGGAAGUAUACGAAGACUUCUGGACCAAAAUAUUACUUUUCACAAGCUAGUCGGUUAUAUGAUCACUUUACACGUAGCAAUCCAUAUUAUUGCACAUGUCAUUAACAUAGAACGUUAUCACAAGAGUCAGUCAAGAGAAGCAGGAGGACUGUACAAUAUGCUUUCUUACAUUGGAAACAAAUCAAAUGAAAGCUUUUUAAACCCUAUUAGAGACUAUAACACAAAUAUAACCAAGGAAGUUUUUGUCACACUGGCAGGAAUCACCGGUUUACUGAUUACCUUGGCUCUUGUAUUAAUUAUAACUUCAUCCACAGAAGUGAUAAGAAGAUCGUUUUAUGAAGUAUUUUAUUACACUCACAACUUGUCUAUUGUAUUCUUCAUUGGUCUUGUUAUUCAUGGUGCAGGGCAGGUGGUUCGUGGUCAAACACAGCAGAGUAUGUUACUACAUAAUAUUUCAUAUUGCAAAGAUCAUUAUAACGAGUGGGGACAAAAUGCAAUGUGUCCGCUACCAGAGUUUGCUGGAAACAAACCUGCGACCUGGAAGUGGGUUGUUUGCCCUUUAUUUCUAUACACCUUUGAAAGAAUGAUUCGUUUCUGGAGAUCAAAGCAAAAAGUUAUCAUCACAAAGAUGGUGAUCCAUCCAUCUGGAGUUUUAGAACUUCAAAUGAAAAAAUGUGGAUUUAACAUGGAGCCUGGGCAGUAUGUUUAUCUUCAGUGCCCUGCAGUAUCACACUUUGAAUGGCACCCGUUUACACUUACUUCAGCUCCAGAGGAACAGUUUUUCAGUGUACAUGUGAGGUCGGUUGGAGACUGGACCAAAGAACUUUUUACUGUAUUUGGAAUAGACAACCAUCUGUCUAUGGAACCGUGGCAGCUGCCAAGGUUGGCUGUAGAUGGACCAUAUGGAUCGGCAACCACAAAUGUAUUCAACUAUCAAGUUAGUGUUUGUAUCGCUGCUGGAAUAGGAGUAACACCAUUCGCGUCAGUGCUGAAAUCAAUUUGGUAUAAGUACAGCAAUUCAAACGCAGACAUGAAAUUGGAAAAGGUGUAUUUCUACUGGAUUUGUCGAGAUACUCGCGCCUUUGAAUGGUUUGCUGAUCUUCUUAAAUCUUUAGAAGUACAAAUGGUGGAGAGAGGCAAAACCAAUUUUCUGAGUUAUCACUUAUUCCUGACAGGCUGGGAUGAAAAUCAGGCCGCACAUAUAGCAAUGCAUUAUGACGCCAAUUUGGAUGUGAUUACUGGACUGAGACAUAAAACACUCUAUGGAAGGCCCAAUUGGAACAAAGAAUUUAGACAUAUUGCUGGGAAUCACCCAAGUAACAGCAUUGGAGUGUUCUUUUGUGGACCGAAAUCUCUCUCCAAGAUACUCAACAAGAUGUGCAGCUUACAUUCUUCAUCUGACCCACGGGGAGUUCAUUUCCAUUACAAUAAGGAGAGUUUUUAA